AUGGCGGGAACAAGGGUGUCCUCCCACUUGUCCAUCUUGUUACUACUAGCAGUGGUCUCACUGUGCGCGCACAGCGCAGCCGGUGACGAGGGAAGCAGCAGCGCGGACGCGGACGGGUAUGCUGGCCGCCGCGCGCGCAUCGCGGCCACGGUCGCCGAGCUCCUGUCGGUUCACAACGCCGCCCGGCAGGUGGUCGGGGUGCCGCCGCUGACGUGGAGCCCACAGAUCGCGGGGUACGCCAAGGACUAUGCGCACUCGCGGCGCGGGGACUGCGCUCCCCAUCGGUCGCCGCUGUUCUACUUCGGCGAGAACCUGUUCGUGGGGAGAGGCCGGCACUGGAACGCCACGGCGAUGGUGGCGUCGUGGGUGGCGGAAGGCCAGUGGUACGACUACGGGAGCAACUCCUGCGCCGCGCCGUCGGGUGCCGGGUGCCUGCGGUACACGCAGGUGGUGUGGCGCAACACCACGCAGCUCGGGUGCGCCAGGAUCGUGUGCGACUCCGGCGAUACUUUCCUCGUCUGCGACUACUUCCCGCCAGGCAACUACGGCACGGGCAGGCCCUACUGA